AAAGGAAGAAGAAACGCCGAGGAGAGGAGAGGAGAGUAAAAGAAACGAAACGAAAAGAAAAGAAAAAAAAGGAGCGAUCGUAGUAACACCGGCGCGUCUCCUCUCGCGGCUUCGUGCUUGUCUCGGAAUUAGUGAGUAGACAGACAGAAUUAUGCCCGUGAGCAGGCCAGCUCCGCUCAGUUGAUACUUACUGCUCAGCCUGUGCACACGCAUGCCACGAACUUCUUUCCCCACUUACAUAUAUCGCGCCUUCCUGAUGCGAUUAGACUAGUCCGCGACCGCUGUCUGAUCACCGGACCAGACAUCAGUUUCUUCGACACUUGUUCGUACACGCGCGUCGUCGUCUCGUCAUUUACCUUCUGAUUUGCCAUCGUCGCUCGCUCGUCGCGGCUUCAGAAAAAACGCACUUUUAAUCGGGUAUCGUUAAGGGGGUUCAGUGCGAGACGUUCGACGCGAAGAAUGGAGAACUCGACCGACCGAUAACAGUGCGUCCGUGCAUACCAUUUUUGCUGUCGCUGAAUCUUGACAGAAAAACUGAUCGAUCGUGUGAUACUUUCCGGGAACAGACUCGAAGAAAAUCGAAGGUAACGUUCAUAGUUCGUUAGGAUGGGGUUCGUCGGGUUGGUCGCGUUCCUUUUAGCAGCUUCUCUCGUGAACAGUGGUUGGUGUCACCAUCACCAUCGCGGCGUCCACGUGGAUAACAGAAAGAAGGGGGAACAGGUGAAAAGGUACGACGAGAACGUAAUUUUGCCGGAAGGUGGACAAGACAGAACAAGUCUGAACUUUGAGAAUCCCAAAGGAUCGAUUCCCUUCAGCGAGAGGAGGUUGGAGAAGAUGCUGGAGAAAGCUAUCCUCAAGAUCAUAACCGGUGAUCUGAGCACGGGUGACAUGUUGCUAUUGAAAAGCUUGAACUACACCUUGGACGAGAUUCUAGAGAUCCGCGAGAGGGAACUGGGUAAAAAGAAGGAGGAGGAAUCGAGAAAGAAAGAAAGCGCGAAAUCUUGGGCGAAAGCGCACUACGGGGAUGGCGAGAAAAAGAGUAAAUACAAGGACAAGAAUUCCAUGGAUCGUUCAGCCUCGAAGAAGCUCGUUUUCGGAGAGACGAAACGCGAAGGUAAAAAGAAUCGUCACGCGGAUAAAUCCGUGUACAAAGACUUUGACUUCGAGGCGUACAAUCGACAAGCGAUCCUCGAUUACGAGAACUUGCCUUCUAACGUGGAAUUCCAGCCAUCCUGGUCAGAGGCGGCAUCCUUCGACUACGAAGAGACCACCAAAGCUUCCAAGGAACAGGAGGUCGCGAACAAUCUUCAUCGUGACUUCGACAAAGCGAUGGAACCUCACGUGGUCUUCAAGAUUCGCUACGACGAUUCCGAGUUCGAUUCUAGCUCCGGUUCCGACGAAACCGGUAAGAAUCGCUCGAAAACAUCCAAGCAUCGAGUUUCUUCCACGAUGAAGCACACCACUUCGAAGAACCACAGCGAUUCCUUUCAGACGUCAACACCGGCAACGUUAUCUUCUACUGUUACUGACGCUAACAGCCUGCCUGUGGUUUAUCAACUGAACAAUUUGAACAACGUCAAAGGUAACUAUCCCAACAACGUUUACUCGAGUACUACGUCAUCUUCGACGCCGGGCACCAGCAGCACGACGGAGAAGACCGUUCCCGAGGAAACUACGAAAAAAGUCCUCGAAGAAAAAACGAGUGUACCUGUUCAGACCAACGAUUCGCGAACCGAAGAAAAAGUGGUUGGAAACAAGAAGAUUAGCGAGUACGAGGGUCUCGAGUGGGUCGAAGAUGACGUUUACAGGGUAAUACCCGAAUUCGUGGACUCCCUCGAUUUCGAGAACACGGAGGGAAACGAAACGUCCGACUACGAGGAUUCCAGUCACGACUCCCGACCACGCUGGAACACGGAAGACAGCGAGAACGACACUGCGGAGUAUCAGAACGACGCGACUGAUUCUGUCAAACUGUUCAUGACCAACAGUAACGCGUCCAUCAAUAAUCUUCCUCUGGCUAAUCUGUCCACGUAUCUGCAAGCGGCUCUCGACUAUCGACGAGGAGGAAACCUAACUUCAAGUUUCGACAGCCAGGGUGAAAAGGCCAUCGAAGACAUUAAGUCGCGAGUUUUGGCAUUGACCGGAAGGUUUAACCUCACCAGCAAUACCAAUCAGGUUCAACGCCAAAGACUGACCAUGUUUUCGCCAACCUGUCAGAUACCACGGAAUACCGAUCAGGAUGCCUGGACGGAUCCGUUUUCCAUGAACAUGCACUUCCAGCUGAACCUGACUUCCGGUGACCACGUGGUUGCCGCCAAAUUGAGAAUAUACAAAUUGCCACAGGAGAACCUGACGUCUUCGACUGAAAGUACGUUGGACGAGGAAGAAGAAGAUGAAAAAAAGAUCAGGAUAUCGGUGUACUAUUACACCAAGUCUUUGAAGAGGCAUAGAUCGAAAAAACGUUUAAUGGAUUCUGUUGUAACACCACUUACCUCGAGGGGUACUCAUCUAGCGUUAGAUGUGAGGCAGGGUCUUCGGUUUUGGAGAUUGAAUCCAAGAAACUCGCACGGAAACGGAAGUAAUCAUGGCCUGGUAGUCCAAGUAGAGGACCAAGAUGGCCGACCGCUGAAGCCAGUUUUGUACAUUCAACAACCGUCCUGCGCCGACCAAGAUUCGGAUCAGAAGGCAUACCAGCGAGUACCUGCACUCUUCAUCAGAGCCUGUGCUCGUUACGUUCGCAUCGUAAACGACAAACCAGAGACGUACGUGAACUGCAGGUAUUAAAACUUAGGAAAAACAGUCACGUGCCAAUAAAACGGACGAUCGUAACAAGUGCACUUUAUUCGCGGAAAAAACACAACAAAAAUUUUCGCAAGAAUCGAGCGACGCGACGCGACGAUUCGAUUCAAAGGUACAGGCCAUGAAACAUAUAUUUUCAUAGAGAGUCUAGGUACAUAUGUUCAAUGACCAGCGUGCCUUUGUAGACCGAUCAUAGUCGUAUUUUCUAAUUAACAUUGAAAAUGAAAAAAAUAAUUUUUAUAUUGAUGUUCAAACAUAAUUAUAUCUAUUAGUAUCAUCGAUAUAUCGAAAUUAAUUCCUUUUUGUAAUUUUAUAUAGAAAAUGUUAAUGAGUGGCGUAUCUCUAUUGUUUUUAUGCGCAAACGCCUACUGCGCAGAAACAAUCGAAAAACGCGCCAUUAUUAGUGUAAUUGUUUCCGCGCGCAAAUUGCUUUCGUUGACGCUCCUGUGAAAAAGUGUACGAUCGCGUUAGAAAUCGUUUUAUAGACUGUGUUUUAAUUGUUAAUUAGAAAACGAAUCUCGUUGUUAUUUAAGUAGAGUAGUGAUUAAGUGGUAUCAUAUUGUUUUUGUAUUGUUUUUUGUGACGCGGACGAAUUGCGUGUUGCUUGCCGGUGCGCAUCAUUUUCCAGUUAUGUAAGUUAAAUUAAUAUCGUUUACAUUUAACUGUUAAAUCAUUUAACAAUGUACAUACCAGUGAAAAAUUAAUCAGUAGAUCGAUAAAUGGAUUAGAAUAUUCAUUUUGACCUGUAUGCACAUGUACGUGGAUAAUUAUACACAUGUGUAUACAAGUCAUACCCAUGACUGAUGUAACCAAAUGUAAAAGUUUAGAGAUAGAUAUUUAUGUUUCGUGUUAGUCGAACAAUUUAGAACCUCCUGAGGUUCUGUUUGUUAUUAUAUUCUGGAUGGAACCAUGCACAGAAGUUCAUUGUAUCUCUAUCAAAUGUUGCGAAAAUACAAAGUACUACUUAUUGUGGUGCUCUUACACUUUGGUGGUCCAUCCAAAAAGUUAUGCUACUUACUAUUAUAUUAUGUAGUUAUUGUCUAUUGAAAGAGACAAUGUUUUUGCAAAUUUUACACAAUCGUUGUAUAUAAUGUAUAUUUAAUUUUCUGGUUGCGCAAAAAUAAAUGCAUUUUAAGUUUAAUCUUGAUCCUUUUUAUGAUAUGUACAUAGUUCUUUAUGUUUCUUUGUCGAAGAAACUAAGUUAUAUUUACUGCAAUAUAACUUAGUAGAAUUAUAUGUAAAACGCUAAGUUGCAACAUAUUUUUUCAUAUUUCUUUUCUUAUUUAUUCCUGAAUCCAUGUUUAAUCCUUUUUGUUAUUGUGUACCAAUAUUUAACUGUGCUCUUAUUAUUGUCUUAUUCUUUCAAUUUAAAAUAUUAUGUUUUCUUAGCUUGUAAAUGCUUAUUAGUACAUAUAUUUUAACAGUUUUAUGUUUCUUAAGUGAUUCACUGUGUUAUUUGUCGCGUUAAAACAAUCAUUUCUGUACAAAAAUGACUUUUAUUACAAAAUUCAUCAAUAGGAAAGUACAAUCAACAUUUACAACAGAAUGAACAAA